UUAAACCUGACAGUUCGCUUCCACCGGAGACAAACAGAUAGAAGACAUCAUCACUUCAUCGGAGGGAGGUAUUGAGUGAGAAGCCGCCAUUAGAGAAUCACAAAAACUAAAUCAAGGAUUUCGAAAGAUGAUGACGACAUGUUCGGUUGCAUCCGGUGAAGGUCAACUCUUCCAGGCAUUCAGCGGCCUACAGCAGCUAGCCGAAACGCGCCGUUUCAAGGCAUGGUUCUUGGAUCAAUUCGGCGUUCUUCACGAUGGCAAACAACCUUAUCCUGGUGCAAUCUCAACAUUAGAAAAGCUAGCCAUAACUGGUGCCAAGAUGGUGGUUAUAAGUAAUUCUUCAAGACGUGCAUCAACAACCAUGGAGAAAUUGAAGAACCUUGGAUUUGAUCCUUCUCUCUUUGUGGGAGCAAUCACUAGUGGAGAACUAACACAUCAAUACUUGCAAAGGAGAGAUGAUGCUUGGUUUGCUGCACUGGGGAGGUCUUGCAUUCACAUGACGUGGAAUGACCGGGGAGCAAUAUCUCUUGAGGGUCUAGGCUUACAAGUUGUAGAGAGUGUCGAAGAAGCUGAAUUUAUUUUGGCCCAUGGUACUGAAGCUUUGGGGCUUUCUUCUGGAGCUGCACGUCCAAUGAAUCUUGAGGAAUUUGACAAAAUUUUGGAGCAAUGUGCUGCUAAAGGAAUACCCAUGGUGGUUGCCAAUCCAGAUUAUGUGACUGUUGAGGCCAGAGAUUUACGUGUCAUGCCUGGUACAUUAGCUGCUAAAUACGAAAAGCUUGGGGGUGAAGUGAAAUGGAUGGGCAAGCCCGAUAAGAUAAUAUAUAAAUCAGCAAUGGACAUGGUCGGUGUGGAUGCAUCUGAUUCUAUUGCUGUGGGAGAUUCUCUUCACCAUGAUAUCAAGGGAGCAAAUGUUGCCGGAAUUCAAUCAGUAUUUAUAACUGGUGGAAUCCAUGCCACUGAACUUGGACUUAACGAGCUUGGAGAUAUUGCUGAUUUAUCUGCUGUGACUGCUCUUGCAUCCAAGUAUGAUGCAUACCCAUCCUAUGUCUUGCCAGCAUUUAGAUGGUAGAGAAUCUCCAAGUGGUAAGCAGUUUUAUCAGAUUAUGUUUUCUCUUUCUCGUAUUGAUCUUAUAUUUACCAUCUAUAUUCUGAACUAUAAUUUUUAAAUUGAUAAUUGAAUUGCGAAUCAAAGAACACAACUUUUUUUUUUAA